CAUGAGCCACCCCAUUCUAGUCCGCGUGUGACAGGGUCAGGGAGAGAUCAGCAUCAGUAUUCAACUUCAUCUGCUACCUCCGGCUUAUCAUCAUCUUCAGGAGGAGGUGAUGGGCGAAAACAAAACCACAACAAGCAGAGCAACCAAAACCUCCAGCGUGGACGAACAAGUCACCAGGUGGGAGGACAUCAGCAUCAAAGUGGAGGACAUCUUCAGCAUCAGAAUCAAUAUGAGGGACCAGCACAGUACAACCAACGUCGUCAUCUUCAAGGUCACAAUCAACACAGUCAGCAGAACAACAGGAACAGCUAUAAUCAAGGCUCUUCUAGUGGCCCAGCAGGAGGAGCUACAACAAAUUCGGGAAGAGGUUUGGCCCUUCUCUUGAACAUGGGAGCAACCUCGGGAACUACCUCCACAGGAACAAAUAAUGCCCAGCCGAUGCAUCUUGGUUCUAACAACUAUAGUGGACCACGAGGUAAUCAGAACUUGUAUGUUGGUGGUCCCUCUUGCAGUCCGAAUGCCGGUAAUCAGCGACAACAUAGUAGUCAGCAAAAUUCUCAAUAUAGCAAUCAUCAACAAUAUCGGGACCGGGACCGCGAUCGGCCACAUGCACAUCCACAUACAACUAGUCAACAAGGACAAGGUCACGUGGCUUUUCCGGCCGAUUGCUGGAGCACAGAACAAGCAUUGAAGAACACCCAACUUUCGUCCUCUCAUCAAGAACGUAGGUCCUCACAUUCGCACUAUUGCUCCCCGAGUAGCGCAGGAGGAAGCUACAAUAUUAAUCAACAGAGCAGCAGGGGCGCUGCUCGACAGUCGGCGCCGCGUGGUGGAGGUAACCCUAGUGGAGGUCGGCAUCAAGGAAGUGGAAGCCAGAACCAUCAAGCAGCAGGUCAGUAUCAUCAUUCUUCCUCGUAUGCGAGUACAACCACCAACCAACACCCGAAUCCGCAGUACCAAGAACAUGGAAGUGGUGGGUAUAACAGUCGAAAUACGUCCUCUUCAAGCAGUGCAUCGAGUGGCUCGACUAGUAUGAUCCAUUCUCAUAAUAUGAGCAGUGGUACUACAAGUCACGCUCACGACCCCUCUGGAAGCAGAAACACCAGCAGUCUCUACGAUAGCGCUCCUGUUAGAGAGAACCACAAGACCAGCAGCUAUAGCAGUAGAGGUGCUGCUGGCGGUCCGUACAUCAAUCAGACUCGAGAAUAUGUUCAGGAUCUGCCAGGCAGAGCGUAUCAACAGCGUAAUGAGCCCUCUUUCUCUUCGUCUUCUUCUACGAGAAAGACUUCUGGGUCUUGCGGCUACGGCGAUCACGCUUUUUACAACGCAACUUCAAAUUAUCACAACGACAACACAUCAUGUUCAGCUUCAGGAGGGCCGUCUCCGAAUUACAACAGCACCAGCGCGUCGGGUACUAGAGAGAGAGAUCAUCAACACUCUAGAUCAUCAGGAUCUUAUCAUCAACAACAGAUGAACCAGAACAAUCUGAUUCUGAAUGAAGAUCAACACCAUAAUUACAACCGUCACAGCCAUCAGUCUGGCCCGUCAAGGACGCCU